AUGUCUCUUGCUAAUGAAAAUUCAAUACAAUGUGAGGAUGAUGAUGAUUUUUUCACCUGUCAGGUUAUUCACGAAGAAUGGUUAAAUGAUUUUUUAGUAGAACCUGAUUUUUUUUUGGAUGAUUUAGAACCAGAUUUCAUACCAUUUCAACAUAAAUACUCUUUACAUACAGCAACACCCACAUUACCAAAGAGUCUUCAUGAUAUUGAACCUUCACCAUAUUCAAUUUUUCGAAUUUCUCAAGAACAUAAAAAGUUUAGAAUUCAAAUAGUUAAAGAAUUGAUUAAGGAAGCAACUCAAAACCCAUUAAAAAGAAAUACUCGUAAUGGAGAAAAUGGAGAGACAUCUGAAAAGAAAAAUGACAAUAAAAGAUUUCGUGUUUCUGACAUUUUUGAAUUACCAGCAACUAGAUUAAUUGGUAAUGAUCAUUUUCCCGAAUACCGCGAAGAAAGAAACUCCUGCUUGUGGUGCAGCUCUUUUGCAAGCCCAUCUGAUCGUGUUUCUGCAAGAGUUUUGGCAUUCCUGAAUUCGGAACAUUUAUUAGCAAAAAAUUCAGUUUCAACAAGCAACUCAUUGCAUUGA